UGUGAAUCUCUUGAUCAGAAACUAUAUGCUACCAAAUCAUCAGAUUUAGAUGAUAGAAUAAUGUACCAUCUUUUGACUGGUCUUUACAGUCAAUUUACCGAGAGACCAAACUUCAACGUUCUCACUCUCGGAAUCAAUAAUAGUGGAAAGACUGCAUGGCUAGAUAAAGUACGUGGACAGGUGUCCAAAACAGGAACGAGGCCAUUGCAGCGAAUAACGCCAACUGUUGGACAAAAUGUGAUCAAUUUACCUUUAUCCUCUUGUACUUUGCAUUGUUGGGACUUGGGAGGUCAAGCAUCUCUGCGAAGUAUGUGGACACGAUACCUUGACGAUGCAGAAGUAUUGGUUUGGGCAAUGGACGCAAACGAUUGGCUUUCUGCAGCAGAUGUACCACCUCCAACCGCUCAGGAAAAGGCACAGUUACCACAGGAGUACCAGCAAGAUACAGGAGCACCGAGUGAAGCAGAUUCAUCCAGACGAAGGAACGAAGCAUGGUCAGUUCUAGGUGAUCUACGGAAGAAUAAACAUAUAGCAUCUCUGCCGUUUUUGAUCAUAAUGACCAAGAUUGACAAGCUAACACCUUCUCAGGUGGAGCACUUUCGUUUAUCGAUACGCGAUGUGAUGGAGCGCAAAUUAUCAGAAUUCUCCUCAGACGAAGAAAGACAGCAACAGGAUGGUUUGAAUGGCAUUGCUGAAUCUGGUGGUGUAGGUAGUGGCAAUGUUGGGUAUUGGAGUGAUUGGCACUUGAUUGUCUGCAGCGCUGCCACUGGUGAAGGAGUGAGCGAAUUUAUAGAAUGGUUACAUGUUCGAGCAAAGCUGCAGAAAAGAUAAAGGAUGGAAUACAUUAUAGACUUGGUGAAAUACGUUAUACCCUCAAUGCAUGUGUAUUUUACGCUUCCAUUCAUAGAUCAUGAUCUCACUCACGCUUUGAUCCCUGUGUGAGAAAUUGUCUGACCUGUCGCAUAGCUUUCUUUCUGUUGCUGUAAUUUUGUUGAUUCAUUGCUUUGCGUUUUCUAUAUUCUUCUAACUUUUUAG